GACAGCACACACACAUAUCGGCAAAACAUAUACACAGCUCAUCGAAGCGACGCUUAACAUCAGGUACCACCAAUUACACGGAUUACUGCAGCGCGCGAACUACAGCAUGGAAUUGCAUCUGGAUCCAAACAGAAAUAUAUUCCCAGCUCCUUGUUUAGAGCAGCUGACAUCGGAAUAAUUUGGCUAAAAAAAUGUGUCCUUCGUAAUGCCAUUUACAUUAGCAUGCUUUAUAACUGACUGUAAUUUUUGCGCCACUUCAAACUCGGAAUAAGUUCUUGCUAAGCCGCUUUACUACGUCACACGCUGUUUUGUUUCAUCCAUUGCGACGGUGCAAUAUGAUGAAUCAAGCCAGACUCUGAUCCUCACUAAUCACUUUUUAUUAUUUAAUUCUUUAUCCGGGAAUAUUAUUGGAUUCCGCGACUGUUUACCAAUCGUUAACCACCCCGAUAAAUCACAGCGACACAUGCACCGUCAUAAAACAUGGCGGUAAACAUUCCCCUACAGCCAAUUCGCAGCGGCUUUAUCAACGCCUACGAUCACCAACAACCGCCUGUUAACGACCGGCAGGAUACCGGUGAAACGUAUUCCGCCGUGUCCAGUAUCCGCUCCGAGGCGGUGUCCGUUCCCAGCCUGCGCUACCGUGGGAACGACGCCAUGCUCAAUGAGAAUUACCGCUCGGACGAGGAGGACGAUAUGGAGGAGUUGGAUGAAGCGGACGCGGGGAAAUUACCGGUGGAGGAAGUGGAGGAGCGCCGGGAGAUCCGUCACCAUGUGCGGUUGUACGGGAAACGGCAGUGCUGGGCGAAAUACUGUUGGGCGGAUCCCAGCAGUGAAGCAGCGCAUGCGCAUCCCUUGGAAACGCUCAAACAGAACCGGGUAAAGUUAAUGGCCCAAGGCGAUACUGAACAGAUGAUUCGACGGGGAUUUGUGCGGCGAUUUACUUAUUCCAUCGCCGAUACCGGAAAACGUUUAAUGCGCACCGUCAAUUUUUAUGAACCUGUUUACCAACGUAUCCAAGGAUAUUUCGGUAGCGGUAUCGCCAGCUACGUGACCUUAAUCAACCGUCUGCUGCUGAUCAGUGUCACCAUGUUCGUGCUGGUGGGCGGUCUGUUCAUAGCGCCGACCAUUGUGAACGACUUCCGCUACCAGCAUAUUCUCCAGCUCAACACAUCCGUGCACCACGCUAGUAUACUCGAGCAGGAAGUGCUGGACAUUGUCGCCAGGGAAUCCGGGCUGGCCGGCGCUGAACUGAACGCACAGUAUUUGGCCAAAUUCGCCUCUGUGGACGCCGUAUUCCUAGGCCAAACGCAGACCGAACAGUAUACCACGGCGGCAUUCCAGUUGCUACAGGGAACGGGUUGGCUGGAAGCGUCCUGGCUGUAUUUGGGGCAAUACGUUGACCGUCUAGAAAUGCUUAAUAAAACUCGAAAUUCCACCUUCUUCGAGCACCGACCAGCCGAAGCGCUCAGCCUACUGAAGUCAUACUUGGAUGAGGGAUUUCAUUAUCGGUUGCCCUUUGCGUUUCUGUCCAGUAUCGUAGCCGGGCUAUUGGUCAGCGUGGUUAUUCUCAUAUUCAGCUCGGCGAGUAGUCUGAAAGAGAGCCUGAAAGGUCGUCAUGCGCGCGUCAAUCCGUUCUGUGAAGUGGCGUUUGGGAGUUGGUCGCAUUUACUCACGGUACAGACCGGUGUGGACAACCAGAAACUAACGGAAACCAGUCAACUAAAGAUUCUACUGGGCGGAAGUGCUCGGCGAACCGUGAAAGUGCGGACACGCAAUCAGUUAUUCGUCCUGUACGCCAUUCGCGCCGGCGUCUGGCUGUUGGUCGGGGGUAUUCUGGCCGCGUUUGUCUGGCUGCUGUUCGAAGCCAUUUCCAAUUGGUCCAGCCCAGAAAUAAUUCAGACGCUGGAACAAAAACAGGCCAACGCUACCAGCACUGAUCUAUUGCUGGAAGCCGAGAUUCUCGUGCGCAACUUUAUCCCGUCCAUCAUCAUGGCGGUGUUCAAUUUCUUGAUGCCGUUUAUCCUGGGCAUUAUGGCGCAGUUUGAAGAUUACGCGACGGUGAAAGUAGAGAUCCGCAUUACGCUCAUCCGCACGGUGCUGCUGCGGUUCGCUUCAGUCGCGGUGCUUCUAGUGUCCCUCUUCGCAAAAUUAAGCCUGUUUGACUCGAAAAACGACGCAGUUAAGGUCUUUGCGGUGAAUAACACGGGCGCCAGUACGGAUAUACCGUGUUUUGAAACAUAUGUCGGACAACAAAUCUACAAAGUCCUGUUAUUGGAUAUCUUAAUAUUCCUGGCGGUGUUCUUCUUUCUGCAUUUGCCACGAGCGUUGCUGUAUAAGAAAACCAAAAUCGACAUGCUGCGAAUGGAGUUUGAUCUAACGGGCAACAUCCUGUCGGCCAUCUACGUGCAGUGCUUGUACUGGAUGGGUGUGUUCUUCGCCCCGAUGCUGACGGUGAUGGCGCUGAUCCAUUUCUUCCUGCGUGCCGUUCUGGCUCAGGUGGGAUUAUUUAUGGUGUACGAGACACCAACGAAGAUUCACCAUUCUAGCGGCAGCGAUGUCUUCUUUACCUUUGUGGCCAUGUUGGCAUUCUUCUUGUCGGUCGGCAUUAUCGGGUUUACCAUGAUCAAAAUCCAGCCAUCGGCGGUAUGUGGACCGUUGCUGUUCGACGUGGACUAUUCGACCAUGUACGACUACUUCAUGGGCACGGUGGACAACUACAGCGGGAGCUUCCGCUGGAUCUUCCGUUACAUCACCAGCACCGUCGUGCUCUUCCCGGUACUCAUCGUCAUCGCCGUCAUUCUCUUCUACCAGAUCGCUACCUCGCGUGCCAAAGCCAACGCGGUGAUGAUCCUUAAGAAGAAAAUCGAGGAGACGACUGCGCAGAAGAAAUUCAUGGAGCGGAAGAUUCGACAGUUCCAACAAGAAAACAUGAAAUAGCGCAGUUAAACUUAGUGAUAGAUUUAUCUAGUCAAAUGUUUUUCGAAACUGAAUUUCUGUUAACGAACGUUAUGAUAUAGCAUGUCCGUAUUUCCGUGCUACGCAAGCUUGAAGUACGCAAGAGUUUUACCUCGAAAAUACGCUACACUUUAUGUUGCAGCUUUUCACCUUCUUCACGUCAGUGUUUCCUUGGCCGCAGUACAUGUAUGAUGUAACCACAUACAUAAAUCAGAAAUGCAUGCGGCGAACAAGCUUGUCGUUCCC